AUGAUCGACGACAAGUUUGCUAACGCAGACCGCUUUACCAUUCAGCGACAGAUCAACCCACAAUAUGAUGAAUCGAGUGAUGCUGAGCGACGGUCAGAGCCGAAACGUUGGCAGAAACAGCCUACCAUUGUAGCAAAGCGGAAUGCUCGUGAACGGACAAGGGUUCAUACGGUGAAUCAGGCUUUCGUCACAUUGAAAUAUCACCUGCCGUCAUUACGCAGUCAUACAAAGCGUGUAUCCAAGUUGAAAAUUCUCAACGCUGCUAUCCGAUAUAUCGACUCACUAGUGGACCUAUUAAAAACUUGCGACGCGAAUGCCUCUCUCACAACGUUUCCAAGCGAAAGACGUCAUCGUCACGCUCUUGCAGAAAUGAACAUCAAACACGAUUCUCCACUCCCAAUGAACAUAGCUCCGGAAAUAUGCAUCUUCCUCAUGGAGAUCUCCAAAGUCCUUAUCUUCCCGCUUACUAUAGAGCCAGCCAAAUCCAUGCUCGAUUACCCCCCUAUGCCAACUCCCAGCCCCGUAGCUCAAAUUUUGCAAAAAAUCGAUAAAAUCGAUAUCGAUCGAUGA